AUGCUUAAUUAAGAAAAUUACAAAAUAUAACAAUUUUUAGUACAUCUCUUCAAUGUUGAUACUUCGUACUCUACAUGCUUUCAUUUAACUGAACCCAUGCUUUAUCAAGUUUUCAUUGAAUAGAUUCAUCAAGAAGACCAAAGAUAAGAUUUCACAUCAUUUGUUGAGUAGUACUAAAUGAUUUAUAGGAAAGAGUUUAGGCCUUUAUCUACAAGAACACAUUUACAUUAAUAAAGUUUAGAUAAUGUUAAACCUUUUACAUAUCCAUCAAAUUCUUAUGUGUGGAUCAAAGCAAAAUAAAAUAAAUUAAAAUAACAACUAACAGAAUAGACAUCAAAAGAAAAAUCAAUAUCUACAUAAAAAUAAUCAAGAUAAAACUAAUAUAUUGUUUAUGAAAGCUUAUAAUUAAAUACACCAAAAUAAAUUAAGAAUACUUUAUUAAUUACAUCCCCAAGAAUUUUUAAGAAAACUUCAAAUAGUAUGACUUUUGAUUUGAAUUCUAGAAAUAGAAACUAAGAAAAUGAUUAAAAAUAAAGUUUAAAAACACCAUAAUUUAAAUAACCAAGAUUUUCUGAAUCAAAAAAAGGGAAUUCUGUUGAAAGACAGAAAGACUCUUUAAAAUUUUCUAAUAAAACUAAAAUUACAAAAGAAACACCUUCAUAAUCUCAUAUUUAAAGACUAAGAAGUUUAUCAGGAACUGAAAAAUUAGCUGCACAUCAAUUAAUUAUUGGAACUAUUAAUGAAAUUAAUUAAUUAGUACAUAAAAUGGAAGAACCAAAAUUAGAUAGAAUUUAAUCUGAAGAGAGUCCUUCUUUGUAAGUACCUUCUAGAAUAGGAAUUAUGCCAGCUAAAUUAAUUUCAAUAGAUGUUAAAAAAUAUAAAUAAUGA